AAGUGUGUAGCGAUUUUUUUUUUGUUAAAAUUUUUUGACGUCAGGCGUCAAUGAGAUAUAUAACUUGCGCGACACGCGUGGAAGGUGCGCGCGUAUUUGACCUGAGAAGGAGUUAGUUUGGACGAUCGUGCGCGAUCGAAGAGGUCGCAGGUGGCGUAGUAGUUGCCCUGUCGCGUGUGCGCGGGGUAGGUAGAAGCGGAGAAGGGUUGCUGGGUUCGGGGCGCGAGGGCUCGACCGCCGGCCGCUAGGAGUGGUGCGACAUGAGCUCGUGGUCUGGGAACAUCCUCUGCAACUGGAGGCGGAUUCGAGAGCGCGGUGGAUGUGGAGGGAACGACGCGUGGGGGAACCCCGCGAUACAGAGCGUGUUCAGCGACAGCCUGCUGUCGCGGCUGAAGGUGGACAGGGCGCUAGAGCUAGGGGGGGGGUGCGAGGAGCCGAGGAGCCCGAUAUACGCGCUGAGGUACGACGGGACGGGAGAGUACCUGGCGUCUGGAGACAAGGGGGGGCGUGGUGAGGCUGUGGGACGCGAGAAGGAGCAAGAGAGAGAGCUUGGUGAGGAGUUGGAACGCGGGGGGGAGGGGUGCCGAUACUGUGCGUCGAUUUUUUGGAGGAGAGGGGAGCGCAGGAGAAGGUGGUGGUGAGCGGUGGCUUGAAUCAGAGGGUGUGCGUGUACCACUCUGGGUCUAGGGACGCGUUGCCGCUGAGGCAGUUUUCGUGUCACGGGGGGGUCGGUGAGGAGUUUGGCGACGAUAGGGGGGGGACGUGCUGUUGUCCGCGGGGGACGACGGCACGGUGAGGCGGUAUGACAUGAGGGAGGCGCACAUGUGCGGUGGGUACGGUCAGGAGUGCGGCAACGCGAUAGUAAGCUUGCACCGGAGAGAGAGCCGGUCGCGUCGUUUUUUUUUUGAACGUCAUGUUUGGGGCGAUGUCGACGAGGGUCGAGGUCUACGCGUUGGCGGUGCACCCCAGCGAGUCUUACUAUUUCGUGAUAGGGGGGAGCGAUCGCUUGGUUCGCCUGUACGACAUGAGGAUGCCGCAGAGUUCGGAGGAGCCCCGCCUGGGGCUGCCGUUGGUGCACGCUUGGCUUCCUGGGGAGUGGACGGGCAGGGGGGGUUGGUGGAGCAUGGCGCAGGUGACGGGACUUGCAUGGAGUUACGACGGCAGUCGGAUAGCCGCGUCCUACUCGGGCGACCGGAUUUUCAUCAUCGACGCGGCGGAGGCGUUCAAGAGAGGUCUGGGCACCGCCGCGCCGGAAGGCGAGUGCAGGGCGAAGAGGCGGAGGUGCCCGGCUCGAGACGAGGGGGAUGGGAGGUCGGCGGAGCUCGACUCAGGAAGGAGAGGAAGGGGUGGCGUCGACGCGGCGCAGGACGACGUCGAUUACCGCCACCGUCGGCGCCGCCGACACCGCCAGGACGUGUUGGUGGCGGCGGCGUGUUCAGAAGAGGUCUUGACUCGCGAAGAAGACGACGACCAGCGAGCCAGGCUCCGAGCGACGUUUUUGUCCUCAACGUCCUCAUUGAUGGCCGAAGCGCCGUCCAUCACCGUGUCGGACACCUCUUCUGAAGAGGGCGCGUCUUCGGAGAGCAGUCGCACGGCGUCUCGCGUCGCGUCUCGCGCCUCGUCGUCUCGCGACGCGCCGGACUCUCCGGAGAUGGGCGACGAGGGCUCUCUGUUCCGAGGGGAGGAGUCGACGCCCUCCGGCGCGGAUAGGUGGGACUUGUCUCUGGACGGAGAGGACGACGGUUCGGGUCCGUCGCUAGGAAAUUUUUCUGAGUCGUCGUUUUAUUCUUCCGACUCGCCCGACGACCUACUUCAGGGCCCGCCCGCCGGGCUCCCCGCCGGCGCGCCUGGGUCCCCCUCCGGCAGCGAGUCCUCGACUUCGAACGGGCUGCUGUCGUUCCUCCAGAGGAGCAGCGUGUUGCUGUUCCCCCCUCGCGCCGGCGCGGCCCGCUCUCGGUGGAACCGCGCGCUGUACGGGUACCAAUGCUGGAAUCUGAUCUCGAUGGAAGACAUUCGACUGGCGGACCGCCGGAUGCUGGGCGUGAUGACCGGCCACAUCAAUCUCGCCACGAAGAACCUUCAAGUUUUUUUUUUUGGCGGGGCACGUCACGGCUGUCGAGAAUACGUCGUCUCGGGCUCCGACGACGGCGGAAUCUACAUCUGGAGCCUGUCGUCGAUGAAAAUCGUCCAAGUGCUGACCGAGAGGAAAGACGUGGGACUAGUCGUCCCCCAUCCCUGCUCCCUUCAACUCGCCUCGAGCUCGAACGGAGAAAUCUCGUUCUGGACGCCCAUCGGGCCGCCCACCUCGAGGGUGUCCCGUCUAGAGCGUAACUUCCUGAGGGCCACGAUGAACAGCUUCUUCGUGGAAAACGCGACCUCCGUCAGCACCUUCUCCAGGGUGGUGCUGAGCAUCGACGAGGCCUCCGCGCCCCUGCGGACGUCGGACACCUCGGCGGACCCAACCCGAGACCGCGGCGCGCGGCGUCCGGGCGUCGUGCUCGGGUCGGCGGACGGCCCGGAGUCCGUCGUGAUUCUCGACGCGCCCGCCCUCGGCUGCAUCAUCCAGUGAUAAGGAGCGGCGCGCCGCAGCGCGCACGUUGGGCGUGCGUUGUGUACAUAUACGCACCCGCGAUAUCAGUCAAUGCGUUCCGCGAUGCGUUCGUUUGUUUCGCACGGUGCGUUUCAC